AUGGGUGAACCGAUAGUGCUUGUCCUCUCGACGGAUGAGUCCGUCAAACCGGAAAGUAUUAUCGAACGGAUCCGCAAGCUGCCGAACAGCCAGGAUCAGAUCAAACUCAGUACUGAUACGGUACCAGAAUGUAUCGGUUACACGUAUCAAAUACACACAAAGUAUUACGAUACCAAGGUGAUACUGUAUGCACACGGUUCCACCGAGCUGGCCACAGUUUCGAGCGCAAUACUGAAACGGACGGAAGGAAUGCUGAUCUACUUCGAUGCAAAGGAUCGUAAGUUUCUCGAGCAGCUUCCAGUGUUCGGCACCUUUGUCCAGCAGAACGAGAUUGAGUUCGGAAUAUUGCUCUGCUCGACACUGCAGGAAAGCAGUGCCGAUGGGAUUACGUACAGUGAGGCUAAGAGUCAGUGUACCAUGCUGGACGUGAUAGAGCUCGAACCGAGCGUGGAAGAUGCGGAAGAGGAGGUAGCCGGUGUUGGAGAAGCAACGGGUGUAGAUGAGCUGAUCCAAGCGAUGCAUAAUUAUAUCUGGUCCAAUGUGAAUAUACACCGGGGGAAUAGAGCCAGCACGGGGGCAACGGAUGACGAAAGUCCUGGUCUACUUUCGCCCAAUCCAACUGAUGAUUAUGAAGCUCCAAUAACGGAAGAAGAGGAACGAAUAAUGGAAGCCGAACUGAACGGAUUCGAACGGCUGUUGACGGAAGUGAUGAACUUCCAGCCAAACACUAGCAACUGGACACGAAACGAGCGUUUGAUGUAUGCGGGAGGGUUGGCCGAAAUUUUCGAUUAUCUGGUAGAGGAAGAUGAGACUGCCGGAAACACUUAA